AGCGAGAGGUAGAGUCUGAGAGUUGAAACCCUCCCUCUACAGGGCAGUGCUUGAGUCUCUCUAGUCAGAGGCGUCCGUCGGGUCUGUUCAGCCAUGCAGUCUGUGGCUGCUGAAACCCCUCUUCUCUCAUCAGUCUCUUACUCCUCUCUCACUGGCUGAGGAUUCCCUGACUGGCUCUAUCCAAGCUGCAUUUAAUUGAAGGGUGCCAGGUUGUAACCACCUAGCAAGCAGGGCUAAUUAGCUCAGAAAGCUGUACUGGAGCAGGAGACUCACACAGCUACACCGCUGUCUAACGGACUGACUGGAUGAUAGAAACACACAGAACUAGAUCUCCGGUGGAGGAAAGAGAGAGGGUGAGAGAGGGAGAGGAGACAUUUACAGGCGACUGUGUGAGAGAAUGAGAGAGAAGAGAGAGAGUUAGAAACAGCAGCAAGACUCAGAGUGUGAGAGGUGGAGAAAUAGGAGGAGGGAAGGGGAAGGGAGGAAACGGGAAAUGCAAAGCCAAGUGAGGGAGAGCGACGGGAAGCCUGCAGCAACAAAUAAGACUGAGGAACGAAACAGGAGAGGUAAAGAGAGAGAAGGAGAGAGAGAAGGGAUAGGGGGAGGGAGGUGGAAAAGAGGGGCCACGAACAGGAGAGAGGGCUGCAGGGUGAAGGAGUGAGAGAAAAGUUAGAAAAGUGAGAGAGGGGGUCAGGGGAAAGAAAGAAAAGAGCAUAGAGAAAAACAAGUAUAGAAGAGAAGGGGAAACAAGAGGCAGGAAGAAAGGGGGGAGGGAAGUCUUAGGUAAGAAAAAAAGAGCUGAAAAAAAGUUUUGUUUUGCGGUGGAGUCAGUCAUAGAUGAGGAAAACAGCUUGAGUGAAUGGCUAGUUUGGAGUUGGAGAGCAGCGUGGAGGAGGAGGGGAGGAGAAGGAAACCAGUUGUUGUUUAAGGCGUUUUCCACAGCAGCCUCUACUCUAGACGGGCUGUUUUCAUUCUGACAUGUACUCAGACAGCACACGGAUGGGACACUAUAGAUUCAUUCAUCAAAACACAACCGACUACUGCUACUGCCUUCACUGUGUCCAAUACAGACCCACACUGUACCAGGGAGGACCAGGGGGGUACAGACCACCACCCACACACCCAGACCACCCAGAGUUGGACCUCAGAGGGGACAUCAGCCUUCCUCCUUUCCCUGUGGAGCCAGAGGAUAUAGAACCUGGACUAGAGAAGUGUGAGAGAGGAGGUGAAGGAAGAGGAGAUGGUGGAGGGGGAGAAGGUGGAGAAGGAGAAGGUGAAGGAAGUGGUGCUGAAGCUGGAGCUGGAUGGGGUGUAAGUGGUCACAGUGCCCCACAGAGGAGGCCAGUGUUCACCGGGCCAUGUCAGCAUGAUCAACCUCAGCCAGGCCAGUUUAGCCCCAGCCACCCCUGGAACUACAACCCUGCCCAGUGGACCUGCCCAGUGGAGCCUGGCCUGGGUCUGAUUUUCUACUCCCCUGUGAAAGAACAGUGCGGCUAUGUGGGACAGGGUGGAGGUGGCACUGCUGGGACAGGGAUCGGGACACACCCAUUCAACAGCAAGAGAAACGCGUCAGCCUCAUCACUCCCCCUGGACCCGGCAAACACACAGUUCAGGGGUCAGCGGACCAAACACAGACAGGCUAGCUACAGCUACGGUCCUGAGAAACCGAUCUGGGAUCAGUCAAAAUACAGACUAGAAAGACAGGUUAGCUAUAGUCCACAGGAGCAACACAGACAGGCUAGUCUCUGUUUAGAAAAGCAGGUCUGGGGUCAGUCGAACCACAGGCUAGAAAGACAGAAUAGCUUCAGUCCACAAGAAAUACACAGCCAGGUUAGCUACAUUUACAGUCCAGAAGACAAGCUGACACAACGACAGCUAGUCAGCUACGGUCCAGAACAAAAGGUCUGGGGUCAGUUGAAACACAGACAGACUAGCUACAGCUACAGUCCAGAGGAACAGGUCUGGGGAUAUGCUGGAGAUGAACACGAUCAUUUGGACAGGUCUGUACCGCUUGAACAAAGAGAAUUACACCCUCACAUGCCAAAUGGACAUAGUGGUGGUGGUGGUCCCAGCCCCAGGCAUGUGUACUCUCAGGGCGUGGGAGAUAGAACUAACUACCAGGAGAGGACUACUAGAUUAAAGGCUGAGGGAGCUGUAGGUUGGGCAGGAGUGGACAGCUGUAGUGGACGACAUGUCCCUGCUGGCUCUGGCUCUGUUCAGAAGACUUUAUUUUCCACUGAAGUCCCCCAGAAACAGUUGGUCAGCCAGCCCAGGCAGAGGAGUCAUUGUGGGCCUGGCCUUGGCCAUAGAACCCCAAGUCAUGGAGCUACUGGACCAGUGCAUGGAGCCACUAUAGGCAGGGAAGAGAGAUUCAACCAAAGGGCCAAACAGGCAGCAAGCCAGGGAGUCAACCAGAACCAUGGAGGAGACCCAGACUUAGACCCCCAGAGACAGAGGGUGAAGCAGAAGGAUGGUCAGGGUUCAGUCCGGAAAAGCCAGUGUUCGGUCUGGGAGAACCAGUGUCAUGUCCGGGAAAACAAGGGUUCUGUCCGGCAGAAGGAGGGCUUGGUUCGGGAGCAGAUCAGACAGGUGGUGUCAGACCUGGAGGGGGUCUUGGGAGGUCUCAAACAGGUCCAUGUGGAGAUGAAGGAGGUGGUUGAACAGAUUGAUCUGCUGACAGCUAACAUUGACCUGGAAGAGGGAUCAUGUAACAGUUCCCCUCAUGGUGGUGACGCCAUCCCCAAGCCCAGAGACUGCAGAGUCCUGAUGUAUAAUCAGAAGACUAGUACUGGAGAGCAGAUGUAUACCCACAAGAUUAGGACUGUUGACCUGAAGACUAAUGGAGACCAGGGAUUACUGUACAGAGACCCUGACCAUACCGUCACCAUACAAACUACCUCUCCGUCCCAUGUCCUCACCGCAUCAGUCAUCAAAACCAACCGGGUUGGGGUCACAGCCCUGAGCCCCCUGAGCCCGAGCCCUUCCAAAGACUCCAAACAGGAAAGACGGGGGCUCAACAAAGACCCUCCUAUACCUGGCCCUUCCAGAGACAUAAACCAUGUGACCCAGACCCCUGGGCUAGAACAGAUUCCCUCCCUACCCCUACUAUUACGGACCCACACCCCUAUCCCCACAGCCAUGGUUGGAUACAGUGUCCCGUCUCGUAGGAGCCAGAAACCACCACUGUACCCCCACCCCAAUGGACGGGUGGAGAGGCUUAAUAAGGGUCUGGCUCCACCACCCUACCCGGCCCAGUCAGCCCUGCCGGUCCUGCCCCACCUGGCCCAGCCACCCUACCCUACCCACCCUAACCAUCCUGCCCUGCCUCCCAGUGCCCUGAAGACACCCCCAUACCUGGAGAAAAGCAGACCGAGCUCCAGCAUGGUGUGAGGGGACAGCCUCACUUCCGUGGGGGCCGGGAACAUAUAUGACAAGGACAGACCUACACUGAGAGGUAGUCUGAGAGGGACUGACCAGGGACAUGGAGCCCUGACGUGGUGAAGAGAUUACUUCAGUCAGUGAUGGACACAGAGACAGAGCUUGGCCUGAAGAUGGGGGUAUUUCCAAGGGUGAACGCUCUAGACAGACAGGAGGGGAAGGGGAUUCCACAUUACAGAAUGAGAUGCACAGACCUGAGACACAGCAUGCAGCAAGCACUUCAACCUAACAUAUAUAACUUAAAACAGCAAAAAGACACAUUUCUGAUACAAGUUGGACAAUAAAGUAUUAUAUUCAUAACUAAACCCUACUUGAAUUAUACAACAAAGGUUAUCAACCAAAGAAUCUGUUGAAAAAUGAGAAUCGAUGUUGGAAGUUAUAUGAUUAUAGUAUCUAUAUUCAUGUUUAGAAAUGUUUAUUUUAAAAUGUUCUGAGAUAUUAGAAAAUUGUACUGUCCGAAACAUCCAAAUAUAAAUAAUUCAUAUUGACAACUGAAUGUCUUACAUUUGUUACAUUUAUGUAUGGAUUAAAAAACAACAAUGACCUAAUAAUGGACAUUGAUUUUGAUUUGAAAUGAUUUAUGUUCUGGUAUGGCACCAAUGGAAGACAGUAGUCUGUCUCAGUAUGUUUCUUCUCCACUUGACUCUCUGUAUUUCAUGGCACUAGGGUCUAAACUGCCUUUGCCUACAUCCCAAAUUACACCCUAUUCCCUAUAUAGUGCACUACUUUUGAUCAUAGCCCUAUGAUGGGAGUCAUUUGGAACGCAACCUGUAUGUCUCUUGCUGUCUUUAUGCCAUGGCACAGACUGCUGUGUGUUGGAGCCGUCUGCACGUAGGCCUGCUAACCUCUCUGUCUCUCUGUUUAUUUAAGUCUUGUCUGAGAGUUUCACCAAUUCGGACGGGUUUUACAGUUUUGAAACUAUUCUAUUGGGCCCAGUAAGCCACGCAAGCUCAAUCAAGCACAGAUAAAGUGUUUGAAAUUAUUUCAAAUAGUAUUUGAAUCCAAGUCUGCUCAGUGUCCAGCUCUCUCUGUGGUUUACAAACCCUGUUUCCUCCUGUCACUCCAGUCUCCUCCACCCUCACCACAGAAGAGCUCUCUUUCUCCUCUGUUGACGUCAAGCCCUGUUGACCGAUGACGAAUGUACUGAGUGUGUACCACUACAAACUGUUAGUCACACCCGCAGGAACGCCACACGGUACAGUAGUUACGUGUCUCUGGCCGUGUCUCAGACGCUUUGUCCAAAAUGGCACCCUAUUUAUUCCAUAUGUAGUGCACUACUUUUGACCAGGGAUGCAGGCUCAGACUGUCCUGGAAAGAGUGAUUGUGUGGUGAUUGGGCGAGAGGGGUGAGGUUGUGAGUAGAGGCUAAGCCACUGAGGAUUAGGGAGAGCCACAAGGUCAAAGACGCACACACAUCUGUUCUAAGGUACCGUAGCAGAGGUAGCCUACUUUUAGUCACUUGCAGGAAAAUCUUUUGGAUGUUCAAAUUAGUUCGAAACUAAUGUGCACUGUUCAACCACAUUCUAUAUGGUUUCCUUAUCAUUCUAGCACUUAUGCAAAACAAUAAUUACAAUGUAGAAAUCUUCCAAAUGAUGAGAAACCACCUCUCAUCCUAUUCAAUAGCUAAGCAUGUUUGGUCAUUAAGUUGCUCUCAUACAAAAUUGUGUGACUUUUCUAGUUCUCCUAUUCUUUUGCAAUGUUUUACACAAAUACAUAUUUUGAUUUGUAAAGACAGGCCAUGGAGGCCCAGGUCAGAAUAAAACAUUUAAAUCUCCUCUUCAAA